AUGUUUGUCUCUCGUGGAGCAACCUCUUUGGCUAAUUCACGAAAUGCAAUUCUCUCCUCCUCAAAGAAAGGAAUACAGACAAUCUCGUGUACAAGCACUUCAGCCACUCGAACUAUAGUGAGCAAGAGGGAAAUUCUACAAUCAUCCUCUCGUUCUUCCUUUGUUCCCGCCCUCCCACAGAAUAUCCAAGAAGUUGAAAGGGCGGUCGAUGAAGCGGAUGUCUUGAUCGUUGGCGGUGGCCCAGCAGGAUUGAGUGCUGCUAUCAAGAUCAAACAGCUCGCAGAGGAGAAAGGACAGGAGAUUCGUGUGGUCUUGCUAGAAAAAGGUGGUGAAGUUGGAAACCACAUUCUAUCGGGAGCAGUAAUCCAAGUGAAUGCACUCGAUGAACUAUUACCCAAUUGGAAAGAGAUGGGAGCACCAAUCAAUCAACCUGCAACAGAAGACCAUAUGCGAUUCUUGACAGAAAGUGGAUCAUUCCCAAUCCCACAUCCUCCACAAAUGGGCAAUACAGGUAAUUACAUCGUUUCCCUUUCUCGUGUGUCAGCAUGGUUGGGUGAACAAGCAGAGGCUCUUGGUGUAGAAAUCUACCCCGGCUUUGCAGGUGCACAAGUAGUCUGGCAAACAGAUGAAGCAGGCAACAAGACUGGUAUCAAAGGUGUGAUCACAAACGAUAUCGGACUGGGUAAAGACGGUAAACCAAAGGAUACUUAUGAACCAGGAAUGGAAUUCCGUGCUCCCGUUACACUCUUUGCAGAAGGAGCACAUGGAUCGCUAAGUGAAAAAAUCAUCAAAGAGUUGAACCUACGUGAAGCUGUUGGAGCAGAUCCGCAGACGUACGGAUUGGGUGUAAAGGAAGUCUGGAAGAUCAAGCCUGAAAACCAUCAAGCCGGUUUGGUACAGCACACUUUGGGAUGGCCAUUAGACUUCAAGACCUAUGGUGGAUCAUGGUGCUAUCAUAUGGAAGACAACAUGGUCUCCAUCGGUCUAGUGGUCGGUCUGGACUACGAGAACCCAUACUUGUCUCCCUUCCGCGAAUUCCAAAAGAUGAAACAUCACCCAUACUUUGCCAACCUGCUAGAAGGCGGUGAAUGUUUAGCAUACGGUGCUCGUGCAUUGAACGAAGGAGGUUAUCAGAGUAUUCCAAAAGUACACUUUGCUGGAGGUGCUUUGAUCGGAUGCUCUGCCGGUUUCUUGAAUGUGCCCAAGAUUAAAGGAACACACAACGCAAUGAAGUCCGGUAUGCUAGCAGCAGAAUCUGCAGUUGAAGCACUAUCAAAGCGUGAAGGUGAAUCUGAUGCUCAAAAACCGAUCGAUCUGGAAGAUUACAAGACCAGACUGGAUAACAGUUGGAUCAUUCCAGAAUUGAAAAUGGUAAGGAAUCUACGUCCAAGUUUCCAUAACCCUCUAGGACUGUAUGGAGGUGUUGCAUACUCCGGACUGGAUUCCUUGUUCUUCAAAGGAAGAGUUCCAUGGACAUUCCAUCAUCCAAAAGAAGACCGCUACUACACCAAACCAGCAGCCGAAUGCGAAAAGAUCGACUAUCCAAAGCCAGACGGAAAGAUCUCUUUUGAUAUUUUGACAUCGGUCAGCAGAACCGGUACAAAUCAUGAAGAAGAUCAACCUGUUCAUUUGCACGUCAAAAAGGGCGACUUCGUCGGACAUACAGAACGUAACUUCGGUAUCUUCGGAGGACCUUUGCAAAAUGCAUGCCCUGCUGCUGUCUAUGAAUAUCAAGAUAAGGAAGAUGCAGGAGGUGUUGAAGAUGCUUUCGGCAAGAAAUUCAUCAUCAACAAUCAAAAUUGCAUUCACUGCAAGACUUGCUCAAUCAAAGUGCCUGACGCUUCCAUCGAAUGGCGCGUACCUGAAGGAGGUGGCGGUCCCAAGUACAGCUUGACCUAGAUUCCUUCCUCUUUCUCUCUGCUCAUGUGAUCCUGUAAUCAAUUCAAUAUUAUAUCAUUAUUUAAUAGCAAUAGAGCAAUUUUGUAGAUUGAAAGGGUAUGCAUAUACAUUCUAUG